UUUCAAAUUCUUAAGUUGACUAAACAACAGACUAUGAGGGGAAUAUACGUAAUUGUCAUCACCUUCCUGGGAUUUUGGGCUAACAAUGAAGUUAUUGCAAAGGAAGAUCAACUUGAACAAUCGAUUUUGAAAGAAGGAUACUACGAGGAUGGCAUUCCGACAAGAUGUCCAUAUCGAGAGAGCAACACAACCACGACCCAUAUCCCACAUGAAACCGAUUGCACGAAGUUUUACAAGUGUCAAUGGGGUACAAGAAUCUUGAUGGAGUGUCCUCUGAUCGAGGGAACUCAAAUAAGACUGCACUAUAAUAGACGCGGACAGGUCUGCGAUUGGCCGUGGACAGCCGACUGCGUUCAUUGUCCUUUACAAAACAAAAAUGGCAUUUGGCCGCAGUCCAAAUUAUCUUACGACAUACAGGAUUGUAGUGCGUACUAUGUGUGCAUAAACGGUAAAAAGAAUUUGCAAUAUUGUCCUGUGAAUACGUGCUUUAGCCGUACAUGUCAAAAUUGCGUUGUAAAUCGUUCGGGUGGAAAUUGCGAUCUGUAAUGUCAUGCAAGGACGACAAAAAAUAU